UCGAUAGUGCAAAUAGUACAAUUAACUACCACAUGGUGGCGGUCAUCUUAAGCUCCCACAACCUACUACGAUACCAGUUUUUAAGCGCCCGUUUUAUGAAAAUUUAUGAAUGGAGUUGAAACACCUUACUUAAACCACCGUGACCAUGACAAUCAUUUUUCGAGCAGUCGCGCUCCACAUAUUUUUCGCUCGUCGCUAAACUGCAUCAUUCGGUGAAUACAUAAAUCAAUUUAAAGAUGAGUCCGUUAACUCAAUAUUUAUUAGCUUUUUUGGCCAUUGUUAUCGUUCCCAUUUACAUUUAUUAUACGAGAUAUUCCAAACUACUGAAAUUUGUUCGACAAUUUCCCAAUCCUCCGGUGAUUCCGUUACUCGGGAACGCUCUGGAUUUCAAAACUCCUGGCGAAUUUCUGAAGAAACUGCACGUGUAUACGAAGACGUAUGGACCUGUUUUUCAUUUGCAAUUUGGCCUGAGACACAGCCUCGUCAUCUCAGACUACAAAUUUCUUGAAUUUUUGUUAAGCCACAACAGUUUGUUAAGAAAGAAUGCGAACAUAAAAUUUUUGAAACCCUGGAUCGGAGAUGGACUCAUUACUGCUGAUGGUGGACCCAGGUGGAGAAUGCACCGAAAGCUAAUAACUCCUGCCUUCCAUUUCAAAAUUUUAGAACAAUUCGUUGAUGUGUUUGAAGCUGAUGGAGAUAUUUUAAUCGAAAAGUUAUCCAAGGAAAGUGGAAAUAAGUCAGUGGAUAUUUACCCUUACGUUACCAGAUGUGCCCUUGACGCGAUUUGCGAAACUGCUAUGGGAACAAAAAUUAAUGUACAAACAAAUCAAACCUCCUCUUAUUUUGAAAGUGCCAGACAUAUGUGUCGGCUGUUUGUAACUCGUUCAACUUCUAUACUGGGACGUUACGACUUUUUCUUCCGAUUUACUAACGACUACAAAGUUCAAGAAAAGUCGGUGAAGAUUUUGCAUGAUUAUACUAAAGAGGUAAUUCAGAACAAAAGAAGAGAACUUACUAACAAACACAGCGAUAAUAAUACUGUGGACAACACUGACGAGUUGGGUAGAAAAAGGAAGAAGGCAUUUUUAGACUUGAUUUUGGAAGCUAAAGUUGAUAAUCAAACUCUCACAGAUGAAGAAAUAAGAGAAGAAGUUGACACUUUUAUGUUUGCGGGACACGACACAACGGCUACCUCGUCAAGUUUCAUAUUGUAUUGUAUAGCCAACAACAAAGAAGUUCAGGAGAAAAUUCUUGAAGAACAACGAGACAUUUUUGGCGAAGAGAAAAAUCCAAAAGUAACUUAUGCAAACUUGCAAGAGAUGAAGUAUUUAGAAAAUGUUGUUAAGGAAGGUUUGCGAUUGUACACUCCUGUGCCAAUUUCUGGUAGACUUAUAGAGCAAGACGUAGAAUAUAAUGGUCAAAUUAUUCCCAAAGGAAUGAACGUGGGCAUUUUUUUCCAUGGAAUCCACAUGAACCCGGAAUAUUAUCCCAAUCCUGAAAAAUUUGAUCCCAGUAGAUUUGAGGUGGUAGGUAAUAAAUUACCCUUCGCUUUUAUACCAUUCAGUGCAGGACCACGAAAUUGUAUUGGACAAAAAUACGCUAUGGUAGAAAUUAAAAGCAUUGUAUCAAAAGUGCUGAGAAAUUUUGAAUUAAGUCCAGCUUUUCCUCGGCAUGAUCUUGACCUGACACCAGAAACUGUUUUGAAGUCGUUGAAUGGGGUUCGAAUUGGACUAAAAUUAAGAUAAAAGCUGUCUCCUGGGGUGCUAAAUGUUAGAUUGCAAGUGUAAGAAUAAUAGUUAUUUAUACUGGUGUGAUCUGUAAUACUACUUUGAGAAGAUAUGGCCUAUCAAAUCAUUUUUGGCAUCCAUUCCAGAUUAGGAUGUCCCCGCUAAUUUAUGUAUCAGCGUUUUCGUUUUUUACGGCGUGAAACUUCAUAUUAAUCUAAAAAUUAUUGGAUGUUUCUUUCCGUCUUGCAAUUUUUUGAUUAAUUAAAAUAAAGUUAUUCUAAGACAUAUA